AUGCUCUUCAGCAAGUCGUUCCUUGCCGCCGCCGCGGCCAUCAGCCCGACCCUGGCACAUUCAUCUUCACAGACAACCACAAAUGCUUCUCCACUACUUGGACUCAACCUUUACUGGGGACAAUAUGGACAGCCUACCGACCGCCUAUCAAGCUACUGUGACGCUCCCGGCGUCACGUCCGUCUCUCUGUCCUUCGUCACAUACUCUCCCAAGAACAGCGCUGGAUACCCCGGCACCAACUUCGCCGGCCACUGCGGCGGCGAGGUCUACUACAAGAACCCCAAGACUGGCGAGGACACCAAGUUGAUCAUGAAUUGUGACUACAUCAAGAAAGACAUCCAGUACUGUCAGGCAAAGGGCGUCAAGAUUCUCCUGGCUAUUGGUGGCUACUGCCCUACCGGCGGCCCCUGCAGCUACGACAUUGACAGCGAGCAGGACGGCCAUGAUUUUGGUGAUUUGUUGCACAAGACUUUUGGUCCUUACGACCAGGGCUGGAACGGCCCCCGUCCUUUUGACAUUAGCGAGACCGAACACAUUGCAGUCGACGGUUUCGACUUUGACCUCGAGUUCAAGUACCCCGAUCAAAAGCCCUGGAUCAAGAUGGUCGAAACGCUUCGCAGCUGCGGUAUCUACCAUAUUUCUGCUGCUCCCCAGUGCCCGACAUCAGACACCUGGUUCCAGCUCAAGGAGCUCAUCUACAACGCCAAGUUUGACUCUCUCUUCAUCCAGUUCUACAACAACCCGGGCUGCGAAGUCACCGACACCCCCAACUACGACGACUGGGAGACGGUAAUUUCUCAGACCUCCAAGAGCCAGGACGCGAAGCUCUACAUUGGCGUCCUCGCCAGCGCUGAUUCCGGCUGGAGCGGGUAUGCCCCUCCGUCCGCGAUCAAGGAGUUAAUCUGCAAGUACCAGAGCAAGCCGCACUUUGGAGGUGUUUCUAUCUGGGAUGCCACACGCGGCGCCAUCAACCAGAUUGAUGGCCAGUCGUUCCAGGAGGCCAUUGCCGACGGUCUGAAGUACGGUUGCAACCCCAUCCCAGCCAAGACUUCCACCAUCAGCGUUUCGACUUCGACCUCGUCCUUGAUCUCUUCCGCCAGCACCUCGGCUGCUGUUGCUUCGACCACUUCGACAAGCUCUAGCUCCAGCUUUAGCUCCGUGUCCUUGAGCUACAGCCAUUCCGCUUCGGCAUCUGUUUCUGCUUCUGCCUCUGCCUCUGCCUCUGCCUCUGUAUCAGCGUCAGCGUCAGAAUCAGCGUCAGAAUCACCGUCGGCAUCACCGUCGGCAUCCGCUUCUAGCUCUGCGUCUGUUUCUAUAUCCGCCUCCGCCUCCUCCUCCGCCUCCGCCUCAGCUUCUUUCACCUUUUUUGGCAACUCUUCGGUUUCCGCAACCGGAUCUGCCUCCAUCUCCUCUGCGUCAGUCUCUGGCUCGCUUACCCAGUCCAGUAUCAUUGCAACCUUGAGCGCCAAUGCCACUGCCAGUGCUAGCGCUUCCGCGACCAAGUCUGCUACUGCCUCCGACACUUGCGACGAGGACGACGAGGACUUCCCCACCAGCACGAUGGAGAACUCCCACACUAUCACUGCCACUGCCACUGCCACUGCCACUGCCACUGGAACUUCGACGGGCAGUGCCAAUGGCUCAGCAGAUGCCACCAAGACUGCCUCUGGCAGCGUCACCGACAAGGCCACCGGUUCUGCUACCGGUUCUGCCACCGAACCGGCCAAGAACUCCUUGACGUUAUCCAUCUCAGAUGUGCCCACCGGCACCAAAUCACCGUCCGAGUCCGCCAAGAACACCCUCAGUGCCCCCGAGGAGCUGACCACUAGCACGGUUUUCACCACCAAGAUCACCACCGUCACUUCCUGCAAGCCUGAUGUGCCUUGCACCAAAGGCCAAGUCGUCACCGAGACCAUUCCGUGGUACACAACUGUCUGCCCCAUUACGGCAGCAUCGUCCGCUGUCGCCGUGCCUACCAUCAGCCCCCCUCCUCAAUGGGUCACCAGCACAGUCUUCACGACAAAGACCUAUACCAUCACAUCGUGCGCCCCCGAUGUUCUGAAUUGUCCCGUCGGCCACGUCACGACUGUGGUCGUCCCUGCCUAUACAACCGUCUGCCCAUACACCGGCAUCACCUCUGGUAGCACUAAGCCUUCAGGUGGCCUUCCCAACCCUCCCAAGCCCUCCGGUGACGUACCUCAGCCCCCUCAAUCUACUGGCGAUGUUGCCAAGCCUACCGGCAGCCAAGGAGGGAACAAGCCCUCUGGCGACAUUCCCCAGCCUCCUAAGCCUACUGGCGAUGCUCCUAAGCCUAUCGGGAGCCAAGGUGGCAGUCAACCUCCCGGAGAUAUUUCUGCUCCCCCGAAGCCUACGGCAUCUUCGGUUGUCCCCGGCGGCGACAAGUGUCCUGGCGGGAAGAACUGCCCCGUCAAAGAGGACGACUCGACAACGUUCAUCUACAAGACCCUGACGAUCCCCGUCACUGUCGGCAGAUAUAAUUCCACCCUCGCGGGUACCGGCUUUAACUACGCGCCUACCUCCACGGGCGGGUUGCCCAGCUACACAACGGCUGCUGCCGUCCCCAGUAAGCCUGUCCAAGCUGGAGCUGCGAAGAUUGUCGCCUUUGGAGUCGGUAGCUUCGCUGCUCUUGCUGCUGCUCUCCUUUUGUGA